AUGAUACUCAUCAUAGGUGCAAGGAUAGAAGCCAUAAAAUCGCAAUAUUUUCCGGUUCUGGAUUGCCGCAUAACGAAAUCGCUGGGCAAAUUGUUCGACAAGCAGGCAAGCCUUCUUGAAAAAGAAUCUUCUCACGAAUUUGCGAUCGUAUUCGCUGCUAUGGGAGUGAACAUGGCAACUGCUAGAUUUUUCAAACAAGAGUUUGAAGCGGAACGAGUGUCACCGCGGGCGUCACUAGUCUUGAGCUAA